CAUGGCUGUUUGAGUCCUCUUCUAUUCAAUCUCUCACCACCAUUUCUGUCCACUGAGGACAACACAAUGUUUCAGCUUAGGAUGUUUGUCCACCAGCGGCUGUACGCAGCGGCAGAGGAGAUCCUCGGAGAGGUGGAGAAAACCAUAACGUCAGUUUUCUACGAAGCCGGUGUCGUUCAGCGACCGAAAGAAGGUCUCGGCGACAGGAGUCAAAAGCUGCACCAGAUUUCAGCUACAGAUGCUCCACUUACCAAUGCAGGUGUGACUGGAGAGGAAGUGCUGCAGGAGACCUCAACACAACCCCUGAAACAAGAGGAGUCUAACCUGAGUACGACUGAGGUCCCGGGCACCUCACAAACCACUGCAGAUACAGAAAACGGUGACGGGAACUGCUGCUAUGUUCAGAUUGACUUCAAGAUAAAAGGGGAGCAGGAGGAACUUGGGGGUGACGGUCAAACACAGGAGAUUGUUUUGCCUUCUUCAGAAAUUGUGAAAAGUGAGCAAGAUCAGUCAGACCCACAAGUGUUUUGUGAAUUCCAGCCUGUUUCGUCAGACUGCUCUGCAGCGCAGAGUGGGGGCGAUGGCAGUGAUGAGGAGUGGGUGCAGAGCAAAGGAGCACAGGUGAAGGCAAAGAGACAAACAUUUUUGCGAAGACAAAAUGGCCGCAUGAAGCAGGGGGGUCAAGAGGUAUUACCUGAUGGAGAUUCAUCUGCUGAAAGUGAAAAGGGCCGUAGUGUUUGUCCUAUAUGCGGAAAGGGUUUCCAGUACAUCCGCUCCUUCAUGAAGCACAUAAAAACACAUAAGAGGAUUGAAUCUAUGAAGGAGCUUCUUAAUAAUUUGCAAAGGGCUCACAACAGGCGACUUGUUUGCGAUGUGUGUGGCAAGAUGUUUAGCAGCCCCCGUGGUCUACAGAUACAUUCAAGACUACACACAGGAAUGAAAGACUUUAAAUGUCAAGACUGUGAGAAAACCUUUAACCAGAAAGUGCACCUGAUUGUGCACAUGAGGACACAUACGGGAGAGAGGCCGUACCGGUGUGGGUCAUGUGGGACACAGUUUUACACCAGUGGCCACCUCAAGAAACACAUAAAACGUUUUUCGGGAGAAAAACCCUACUCCUGUGACAUUUGUGAUAAACGUUUUUGCCAUAGGGGACAGUGGAUACAGCAUAAUAACACUGUACACAUAGCAGGGAGCAUGGAGUAACUUCUACAUGUAUUUUAGAUAAAACAGCUUAAAAUGCACCCUUGAUAACUUUGAUUUGAUUUGAUUGUGCCAUUUUCUUCAAACACCAGCUUUGAGAGUAUUACUCUUGCUGUUCACAGUCACAAAACCAAGUCAAGAACAAACCUCUGCCAGACCAGCAUAACAUCAGAUAAGAGUUUAACCAGCCCUGUGUAGGAAAAACAACGGCAGAGAGAAAAAGACUUACUGCUGUUUGACUUCCCGGUGAGCUAGUGGAAACCUGUUGCCUCAGGUUUGUGAUGUCAGAGGCUAUAGGAGCGGACGGCUGGUUCAGGCAGAGUGACUCAUUUGUCUCAUUUGUUAUAUGUACAUUAUAUGUAAAUAACUCUCCUUGUCCUCAGGCCCUUCCUCUCCACACCAAAACACUGAAAGUUGAAAGUGAAGUGACAGCAUAAAAAAACUGACCUGAUCUAAAAAUUGUCAUUGAAAAACACAUCAGAAUGCAAAAUGUAUAAAAAUAAAACAAAAAUAAUUUUUGA